AUGCGUGAAAUCAUUACGCUGCAGCUCGGGCAGCAGAGCAAUUAUCUGGGCACACAUUUCUGGAAUACUCAGGAGUCGUACUUUACCUAUGGCGAGGAAGGGGAAUCGCCCGUCGACCAUGACGUUCAUUUCCGGCCGGGCAUUGGUAGCGAUGGCACCGAAACCUAUAUGCCGAGGACCGUCAUUUACGACCUGAAGGGCGGCUUUGGCUCCAUGCGCAAGAUAAAUGCCUUGUACGAGGCCGAGGAUGGCGAACCGACAGCCCUGUGGAACGGGCAGACCGUGGUGCAGAAGCAACAGCCCAUUGAGCUCAGCGCAUACCAGGAGAGCUUGGACACUGGUGCCGCCGCCCCGGAGCUCACAACCGGCUCUGUGCGGUACUGGUCCGACUUCAGCCGCGUUUUCUACCAUCCGCGGUCCAUUGUCCAGCUUAACGAGUACGAGCUCAACUCGAGCUUGAUGCCGUUUGAGAAGUGGUCCAUGGGCGAGGAGCUCUUCUCCUCACUCGACAAGGACCACGACAUCGUCGACCGCGACCUCCGCCCCUUUGUCGAGGAGGCCGACCAGAUGCAGGGCGUUCAGGUCAUGACCGGUAUCGACGAUGCUUGGGGUGGCUUUGCGGCCAAGUAUCUGGAACGUCUGCGGGACGAGUAUGGCAAGACGCCCAUUUGGGUGUGGGGUCUUCAAGAGCCGACAAAUGGCCUUCCAAGGGACAAGAGACUUCUAAAGCUAGUCAACAAGGCACGAGCCCUUGCCGACAUGAAUUCUCAGGCGUCACUCGUGAUUCCUCUCGGCGUCCCCCAGAGGCUCCCCUCGAGUAUCUCCUUAGACCGAUCGUCGCCUUGGCACGUCUCGGCCCUCUUCAACGCAGCAAUGGAGAGUACUUCCCUAUAUACUCGCAUGAGGAUGACCAACCAAGCCAACUCAACGAGUCUCGGCAACGCCGCUGAUCUUUUGAAUGUGUUUGGCAAGCAGGUUAUAGUCAACAUGCAGUUGAGCUUGAUCGAGCCACCAAAGCCAGCCCAUAACGGUACAAAUGGCGCCAUGCAACUUCCAACAGGUAGAGGAGAGAUGUAUGACCGUCUCAAUGCGCUCGAGUUUGAGGAACAUCAGUCCGAUUCAGGUUCCCCCAGCGGCGUCACAAAGCUCGAGGUGGACUUGUCUUCCCUCGAGGAAAACAUUACUUCAUCGGCGGGCGCUAGGGGUGGACGAAAGCCGCAUCUUUUCUCCCAGCUGAGCACAGCCAGAGGUGAGGAUGCUUUGAAGGGCUUUGAUGAUGACGAACCUCUUGAAAACGAGUACAGGCGUUUCGAGCGACCAAAGACACACAAAUUCCAAUCACAGCUCAUGUAUCCCAUGCUGGACAGCUACCCACGUGUCUUUAGAGAUCGGGAGGGCGAUUCCAUUAGAAAUCCAGUGUCUAUGCGGACAGUCCUUUCAACAGAUUCGUCCGUCACGGACAAGAUGAAAGGUCUGCGUACGACGGUGUUGAGAUCCAUCGGCCUGGAAGACAGAGAAGACAUUGGCAACGAGCUUGCCGAGAUUGCAGAGGGAUACAAGGAAGGCUGGUCCAGUGGAAGUGAUGAUGACGAUGACGACUGA